ACGGACUCAGCAGUAAGUGGCGCUUCCAUUCCAACGUCCAUUGUUUCGGUUCGUUGCCUCACACAGCCACCGCCACAGCCGGAAAAGGAUUCAACCUACUGUCCUGUCAUGGUGUUUGAUAUCACUGAUUCGGGAACUCAACAAAAUACCAGGAGGAGAAAGAAAUCUAUCGUCUGGGAACACUUCACUGUGAAAACUGAUGGACCUGGAUGUGCCAAGGCUUACUGUAAAAGGUGCAAAAGAUCAUUUGCUUAUCUAAAAGAUUCAAAACAAGCUGGCACCAGCCAUCUCAAGAGACACAUUUCUCUAGGAAUCUGUCAGAAAAGUCAGCAAACCCCAUGUUCCAAAAUUGAUGCCAAUCCACCAAAGAAACAAGCAAGAGCAAAACCUUGCUUUGCUGCUAUCUCAUUUGAUCAGGCGAGUUGUAACAAUAAGAUUGCUAAAAUGAUUAUUUUACAUGAUUAUCCACUUCAUAUCGUGGAACACCAAGGUUUCAUUAAUUUUGUGCGGACACUUCAACCCCAGUUCAAUCCACUGAGCUUUAAUACUGUCCAAGAGGAUUGUGUUGCUAUGUUCCUCAGAGAGAAGCAAAACGUAUUGAAUCUUAUCAAUGGGAUUCCUGGACAAGUCAACCUUACCUUGGACUUAUGGACUUCAAACCAAACAUCAGCCUAUGUUUUUCUUCGAGGACAUUUCAUUGAUGGUGAUUGGAACUUACAUCAUCCCAUUCUUAAUGUAUUGAUGGUCCCAUUCCCAGAUUCUGAUGGUUCCUUAAAUCAAAAUAUAGUGAACUGCCUAAGUGAUUGGCAUUUAGAGGGCCGGCUAUUUACCCUUGCACUUGAUAAAUUCUUCUUUAAUGAGGCUUUGAUGGGAAAUCUGAGAUGUCUCCUCUCUAUUAAGAACCCUGUGAUCCUCAAUGGUCAGUUAUUAAGCCAGAACUGUUAUGCUCGUGUCCUUAGUCGCCUUGCAUUAGAUGCACUUUCUGCUAUGAGAGAAACUGUUGAUAAGGUUCGAGUGAGUGUGAAGUACAUGAAAUCUUCUAAAUUUAAUGAAGGGAAGUUUCUUGAGCUGAGGCAGCAACUUCAAGUCUCUAAUACAAUGGACCUUUUAAUUGAUGACCAAAAUAAAUGGGACACAAUUUACCAUAUGCUUGCUGCUGCCUGUGAACUGAAGGAAGUGUUUGCAUGCUUUGAUGCGUCUGAUCCUGAUUACAGAGUGACUCUGACAAUGGAUGACUGGAAGCAGGUGGAAACUCUUUGCACAUAUUUGAAGUACUUGUAUGAUGCAGCAAACAUUUUAACUGUCCAAGCAUAUCCAACUGCAAACUUAUUUUUCCCUGAAGUGUCAAAACUCCAGGUGGAGUUGACUCGUGCUGCCUUCAGCCAGGAUCCUUUCUGUAGUCGUUUGAUUAUGCCUUUGCAAGAAAAGUUUGAUCAAUAUUGGAGAGAGAGCUGCUUCAUUUUGGCUGUUGCUGUAGUCAUGGAUCCGAGGUAUAAAAUGAAACUUGUGAAAUCCACCUUUGCUAAGAUAUUUGGUGAGAAUGCUGAUGAAUGGAUUAGAAUUGUUGAGGAUGGUCUCAAUGAACUAUUCCUUGAAUAUAAUAUCAUACAAGUGCUUCCUUUUACAACAACAAAUGGUCACGAAGGAAAUGAGGCUAUGAUUAAGACUGAGCCAUUUCAAGAAGUGUCACUUGAUGGAUCUCUUUUUACUUCUGAAGAUGGACUUUCUGAUUUUGAAUUUUAUAUAUCUGACUUUACGUGUAACCAGCAAUUUAAGUCGGAACUAGAUGAGUAUCUUGAAGAGCCUCUAGAGCCCAGAGUACAAGAAUUUAAUAUUCUGAGCUGGUGGAGAAUAAACGGAUUGAAAUACCCAACAUUGUCUAGACUAGCAUCUGAUAUUUUGUCUAUGCCUGCAUCCACUCUCUCUGCAGAUUCUGUUUUUGAUAUGGAUAUUAAAAAAAUGGAUAGCUACCGGAGUUCAUUAGACUCUUUGACACUUGAGGCCCUGAUUUGUACCAAGGACUGGUUCCAGUAUAAAUCAUUACCCGGCAAUGUUUCGAAUGCACUAGUGAAAGUUGAGCAUUAGAUAUAGGAUUCCUCAUUUUGGGAUAGAUUCUCAACUAGCUUUUAGGCAUUGAAAUUUUGGAACUGUCAUUCAGUUCAGUUAAUUUUUGUGAUUAACUGUCCGAAUUUUUGUUACUUGUUUAUAAUAGAGUUGAUUCAAUUCUAAUCAUUUUGACCAGGAACACUUUUUGUACACAAUAUUAAUUGUAUUCAUUGGUUCAAUGAAAAACCUGCAAGGUUUGUUUUACCUUUUGAAUAGACAAUUAGACAUUGACCUAAUGUACUACACUGAUUUGGCGUGCUUGGCACAGAACAAGUUUGUU